AUGACUAUAAUUUCUCAUCGAAUUAAACUAAUAAAAUAUUGUUGGCGGUUAUUGAUCAUCUUUCUCACACCACUUGUCCUAUUACCUCUCCCACUCAUUGUUGAAACAGCUCAAGCACGAUGCGCUUAUAUUGUACUUAUUCUUACUGUUUAUUGGGUAUCCGAAGCAAUGCCAUAUGCAGUCACAUCUAUAUUGCCACUUUCUUUCUUUCCAUUGGCAGGUAUUAUAUCUAGUGAUAACGUGGGCCUGAACUAUUUUAGAGAAAUAACAACAUUAUUUGUCGGAAGCAUGAUGUUAGCUCAUGCUAUGGAACAUGUUCAUUUACAUCGACGAUUGGGAUUAUUUGUUCUUAGCAUUGUUGGUACAUCGAUCAAAUGGAGCAUGGCUGGACUGAUGGGAGUAACUGCUUUUUUGAGUAUGUGGAUCAACAAUUCGGCAGCAACAAGUAUCAUGAUACCAGCAGCAAUUGCCAUUAUCGACGAACUUCAAAAUUAUCAACAAGAAAAAUCAGUAAUUGAUAAAAUUGUAGCUCGUCGGCAAUCGAAAGAGAUUGUAUCUGAUGAAUCUACUAUCUCGCUUGACAUUACAACAUGUGUUGAAGAACAAAUAAAACAAAUGCCGACAAUUCAAGAGAAUGUUCCAAUUGAAUUAAAUGAACAAGUAAUUCAUGAUCAAACUGAUCGUUCCUUAAAUACUGUAUUAAAUUCUACGUCGACAAAUCAUGUAAACUAUAAACAACUUAAAACCGCUUUUCUCAUUGCUGUAGCCUACAGUGCAGCCAUUGGUGGUUUAGCAACAUUAGUCGGAACUGGUCCGAAUAUUUUUGUUAAAGGAUUUACUGAUAAAUAUUAUGGCAAAGGAUCUCAUGCAUUUGACAUUUCUUUUACCAAUUUUCUUUUAUUCGCCUUACCAAUCGGUGUAAUCAUGCUUGUCAUCUGUUGGUUAUGGUUACAACUUUUGUAUAAUCGUAAAGAAUUAUUACCGUGGAUAAAAGUGGAUCCAAAUAGUUUAGAAUCUCAAAAAUAUUUAAAAUCUCUUCUCAAAAACCAAUAUAAAGAAUUGGGUAGUCUCAGUUGGCAAGAAUAUACAAUAACCAUUUUAUUUUUUAUUAUGGUUAUACUUUGGGUAACACGUGAUUUUUCAAGCUAUCCUGGUUGGGGAAUCAUUUUUCGAGAAGACUACGUUACGGAUGCUACAGUUGCUGUACUUAUUGGUACAUUACCACUUAUUCUACCGAAUAAAAAUCCAUUUAGUAAACAAUGGGAAUACCAACCUAUCAUUCAUUGGGAUCAUUUAUCGAAAAAAUUUCCAUGGGGUGUGUUUAUGUUACAAGGUGCCGGUUUGGCUAUUGCUGAAGGAUUCAAAGAAUCGAAUCUAUCGGAAACAGUUGCAAGUUUUCUUCAUUUUAUUGUUGGAGCUUCUGAUAUAACUAUUAUUUUUGUUGUUAUUGUAUUGAGUGCAAUAUUUACUGAAUUUACAAGUAAUCUUGCAUGUGCAACUAUCUUAUUUCCAAUACUCGGUAGCAUUGCAAAAACAACAGGAAUUCAUGCAGCUCGUCUUAUUUUGCCAUCAUGUAUGGCUGUUUCACUCUCAUUCAUGUUGCCCAUUGCCACUCCACCUAAUGCUAUGAUAUUCUUACGUGGUAAUGUUAGAAUUAUCGACUUGGUUAAAGUCGGACUUGGUAUGAAACUAUUUGGUAUUGUUAUAAUUCUUAUUGCAUCAAUGAAGUAUAGGACAUCAAGAAAAGUUCGACGCUUAGAAAAAGAAGCAAUUUUACGUGCAAAAGAUUCUGAAUAUACACGUGGAGUAUCCGAUCGUUUAUUAUCGAGUUUAAAUCUAAAUUCUGACGAUGAUGAUAAGGAACGGAAUCGACGACAAAUAUCAACGCGACCAAUACGUCAAAUUCAAAAAGAACUUGAUUAUCCAAUCGAAACGAUGGAUCAAAUAAAUGAACGAAUACAACAAGAAGUUAAAAAAAGACAAGCAGCAGCAGCAGCUGCAGUAACAACAACAACAUCAUCAACAUCAACAGCAAAAUCAACAAGCCGAAAUUAUCAAACAAGAUCAUCCGUAGAUGAUCGAACAAAUCGCGAUAAUACAAUUACAGGAAAAUAUACAAGCAACAGACAGACGAAUGCUGGCAAAUCAUAUUAA